AAGAGCAAGCAAUUGAUGAUGAUAAAUUCCCUCAUAUGAUAGCCAUCUCAUAAUUUCCUAGCUCAAUAGAAUAAAGUUGAUUCUUUCUACUGCCUACCUACCCUAUUGUGAUUUUCUUUAGGCUCGGAUUCGUUUGUGUUUAAAUAUGUUUUAACCCUUGAUUUACGAAAGCUAUUGUCGGUAAUCCCAGAAACCCACGACGCAAGAAAUAGCUUUUGUUACUGUAAAUUGUUCCCUUUGCUUCGUUCUUCAUCUGAGCAGUGCCUACUUUAAUCUGUUGCUUUCGAGCAAAUCAUCAAUGAUUUACUUAAAACUGUGCUUGUGUCCUUCUUCGGAGUGAACAACAAAAGACUGGGAUUUUUUUUUCUAAGUUUAAAUAGUAUUAGGUUUUUCGUAAUCGUGUUUAUGCAUAGAUCUGGAACUACGAUGGCUUGGAACGUUUUCAAGUUCUGCACUGCCUUGCGAGGGCUUGGCUCGAUCAUGAUACUCUUGGUCCUCGGGGUUGUAGGUGUCAGUUAUUAUGCUGUUGUUUUCACUAAUUAUGGCCCUGCUUUGUCUGCUGGGUGGCCUGAUUCUGUCAUUGCCAUGGUGGUGUUGAUCUUGUUUCAUUGUUUGUUGGUUAUGCUAUUGUGGAGUUAUUUUGCUGCGGUUCUUACGGAUCCUGGAAGCGUACCUCCUAAUUGGAGGCCUGCAAUUGACGAGGAGAGAGGAGAAGCUGACCCAUUAAAUGGAUUAGAAUUCAGCAAUGUGCAGUCGGAUCCUUUAAAUCAACGAGUCCGGUUCUGCAGGAAGUGCAAUCAACUUAAACCACCUCGAUGUCAUCAUUGUUCCGUUUGUGGACGGUGUGUGCUAAAGAUGGACCACCAUUGUGUUUGGGUAGUUAACUGUGUUGGUGCUCUAAAUUACAAGUAUUUUCUUCUUUUCCUGUUCUACACAUUUCUUGAGACAACUCUUGUGACGAUAUCAUUGUUGCCAAACUUCAUUUCAUUCUUUAGUGACGCAGAAAUUCCUGGAACACCUAGCACACUUGCGACAACUUUUCUUGCUUUCGUUUUGAACCUGGCAUUUGCGUUGAGCGUUUUUGGAUUUCUUAUUAUGCACAUAUCUUUGGUGGCUGCUAAUACAACUACUAUUGAGGCAUAUGAGAAGAAAACUACUCCAAAAUGGCGUUAUGACCUUGGUCGCAGAAAAAAUUUUGAACAGGUCUUUGGGAUGGACAGGCAAUACUGGCUUAUCCCUGCUUACGCCGAAGAAGAUGUAAGAAGGAUGCCAGCACUUCAAGGUUUUGAGUAUCCAUCAAAACCCGACUACGAUUCGCAAGAGUUCUGACGGGCUACUGGUGACUGGCACAGCGUGAAAACUUCUGUUUUCCUUGUAAAAUAACACAAAAUGCAAAAGGUCUCUGGAAUCCGUCCGACUUUCAGUGUCUAACUGAACAGUAAGCAUUCGACUAACCUGAGCUUCCGGGCGAAUCAUUCCCCCAGAGGUACUUGGUAUGGCUAGUUUUCAGAGGGAUCCUCGUGGUGUUUGAGAGAAUGGGAGUUUAAGGUUAGAAGAGAACUUAUUUGCAGCUUGGUUAAGUGUUUGAUAUUAUGCUUUUCAAUAAAUUUAUAACAUGCGAAAAAUAGAUUUUGAAAUUGUUGGAAAAAAGUCCAUGUUAUAUUUUUAUUGAAAUAGCCUAAUGCAAUUACUCACUGAAUUGUGUCUGAACCAUGGAAUUGUUGAUGCUUUGAUGAGGUUAGGGCAGGAUCAGGGAGUGUAUGAUAAGAAAUGCAAUUAAAACAAAAAACAAAAAACAAAAGUUUCCCUUCAUCUGGUCACACAUGUUAUUUGAAUUAUUGAUUGCUCACUUGAUAUUACCUUGUGCCUUGCACAUAUGUGGUUUGGCUUCGUUCAUGUAUAAUAUCCAUUUCACAUGUCA